AUGAGCGAGCUAGACUCGAUUACGCUCGGCCAACUACGGGCCAUGGUCGGCUCCGCGCCUAAACCUCGACAAUCGUACUAUGACUUCAAGUACGACGAUGAGGAUACUAUGCUCAACGAGAUCGAGGAAUUCUACUCCUACGUCGAGAUGCCCCAGGUGGCGGAGAACAUGAAGGCCUGGGAAGGCUCUUUCCAGGGAGAAUGGAUCAAGGCCUCUCAAUCUAAACGCCGCGCACACGUAGAACUGCUGCUCGAAAGCCUCGAGCACAAAGACGUCGGCAUUCGCUUCACCAACGCCCGCCGGCUCUUGUACGUCUUACAGGGCACGUUUGGUGAGACCACCUCUCAAGAGCACCAGCUGCAUUGGAUCUUUGAGAACGCCAAACUUGUCCGGGCCGCGAACGGCGUGAGCAACAUCGUGGAAGCGUUCAAGAUCGCCAGCGCCAAGCAUGACUUUCUCAGCCUGCUCUCCGACGCCGACCUUGCGCACAUCCAUCUCACGCAAGAUGAGCGUGCGGAGGUACUCGAGGAGAUCACUACGGAGAUAUCCGUCUACCUCGGCAUGUUGUAUCACCUCAUAGAGGUGUUCAAGGGUUACGACGACUUCGCCGAAGAACUCAUGAGUCUCGACCCGCCGCUCCCCAUCUACUUCUUCAACGUCGUGGGCGGUUUACGCGACAAGAGCGCCAAAGGGUACCCAGUCAAGAAGCUGCUCCUUGUCCUGUGGAAGACUUUCCUAGCGUGCUGCGGUGGCGUACGCGAUCUCGCGAGGGUCAAGAAGCUAACGCGCGAGCUUUCCGGUCUCCCAGAAGUGCCCGAUGGUGCUAUCAACAUCAAAUCUUCGCCGCUCGACAUCGAGACCUUCCACCAAGAGACGUCAGUCAAGUUCCCGACUUUCUCCGCACCGGUCGUACACAACAAGACUGUGUCCACGCAAGAUGCUCCGAUUCCGACUUCCAAGUUGGCGGAAGCGUACACCCCUAUUCCCGUUCGCCAUCAUUACAAUCACGAAGAAUCCGACCCUUCCCUGCCACCUCCGCACCAGUACCAACCCGGCGUCGGAGGUGGACCUGGCUCGAACUUUCGGCCCGGUAUGCCACAGCCGGGUACACCCGCACCUACGCCACCGCCCUCGCCUAAACCAAAGAAACAACAGUAUCAGACCGAUCCGACGCGUCCGUUCUUGUUCCCUUUCUCACGUACUCGUGGGCGGGGAGGUGGAAUGAUGCUUGUUCCAUAUGCGAUCGAAGAGGCGGAUAGGCUAUACCAUCGGCACAUGUAUGUCUCUGCUGCGCUAUGGCAGAUGUGGCGUACCAGGGAGGAAUGCAUGACAGCGGACAGUGGGCUUGAGAGGUUGCCUGGUAUGGAUGACGUCUCAGAGAGACUCAGUAGGAUGAGCACUGCAACCGGCCAUGCUGUCCAUAACGCGCUCGCGGACGAAGAAGCACCGACUAGCCCCGAGAUCGCAAUUCUGGACGCGAAGAUUGCCGAAGUUGACGAGGCGAUCAAGCAGGGUAACGGCGACAAGCGACUGCUCAAGCAGCGCAGAGAAGACUUCCUGCGUCUAAAGCGCGUGGAACUCAUCUACGCAGCUGUGCUUCCGGCCAUGGGCAACACCGUGCUCGUUCUGCUCAAGCUGCUGCUUGCGAUCGUAUCUGCGUCAUCUCCUGGUGGCCAGCCACCACCGUCUUCAGCUGGAAACGCAUUCCCUCCUGGCGUGUCUUCUCCGCAAGAACCGCAUGGAGUCGGCCCUCCGCUCACGCUAGAAGAGACCGAUAUUGUGCGCCACCGCGAGAUCACGACGAAAGCCGUGUCGGCUAUCCUACUUCUCACACUGAAGUGGUUCAAGGUUUCUCAUGUCAUGAAGUUCCAUCAUCUGGGACAACACCUGCUUGACACGAACUGCUUGCUACUCGUCAUGAAGAUGUUCGGCAUGCAAGAUGUAGCCAACACCGUCGUCGCAAGACACGAGGCGCCAGACCACAACUUCUUCCGCUUCUGUCUAAUCAAUCUCUCGAAGAACCCGCAACCUCAACGCGGUCCUCCCAGUCAAGACGACUACAUGUCCGUCUCGCCUCGUCGCACUAUCACGCGCACAACCACGCUACCGAAUGGCAAUACCCACGAAGAGGAGAUCGACAUGCUCACGGAGUUUUCGUGGCGCAACUUCUUCGCCACGAUCAACUUUGCAAAGAUCAUGCAGAAACUCAGCAAGAACCGAUCGCAUCGGAUACGGAUGCUUGUGCAGUACAAGAGCACGGCUAUCUUGAAGCGGAUACUGAAAGUGCAACAUCCGGUACUUCAGCUUCAUAUCCUGAAGCUCAUCAAGAGUCAAGUGCCGUAUAGCGGGCGGAGAUGGAGGCAGACGAAUAUGCAGGUCAUCACUUCGAUCUAUCUGAACUGUCGACCAGACCUUCGCGAUGAGUGGCUUACGCCCUACGAAGGUGAUGAUACGGGCGAGUCCCAAGAACACGCUCUACGGCAGCUCGUCAAGUUCUACAACACGAAGCUGUACGGCCAACAGGGCGGCCACCCACAGCCGCCCGCGCACAGACGCUCAGUCAGCAUGUCGCACCACAUCGACAACCUCCAUCCGGGCGCCGAACUCAACUCCGGUAUACUCCGCCCUGUAGGAAGCACCCCCAAUAUCCCUGAAGCGGACGUCUUCCCACCUUUACGCGCCCAAGUACCCGACCCGAACAUAUUCCUACCGUAUAUCACCGAAGACAUCGCGUUCGAAGAGGAGUACGAAGAGUACUUAUCCGACCUUGGAUGGUCUGACUCUGGAUCGGAUGUUGGAGAUGGUGAUGCUGGACAGAGCGCGUGGCAUCGUUUGCCGGAGCUCGCAAGCCACAUUGCGGAUGAUAUCAGUGACUCGGAGAGUAUUGUUGAGAUCGGCGAUAUUGGAGAUGUCGGACGUGAGGAGCUUGACAAGGAGCGUCAGAGUCGCGACGCGAACCGCAACGACUGGGAGCACAUGAGCCCAAAGACGAUGGCGGCGUUGACCAAGUCACCGGCUGGACCUGGCGCCCGCCGUUCAUCCUCAAGCGAGCGCUUACGGCCUGUCUUGCCUUUCGGUCUUGACGACGCUACGCUCUCGGAAGACUUCAAUGUGGAAGAGGAGGUUGAAGAGGAACUGGGGCCGAUGCCGAGAGAGCAGCCGUUCUCGGGCAGUGGUGGUGGAGUGGACGAGGUCGAAUACGCGUAUGGUGUUUGA